UGUUUUCCAUUUGCUUUCAGGUUUUGUUUAUCUGCACAGCUAAUAUAAUUGAUACCAUACCUGAACCCCUCCGUGAUCGAAUGGAAAUGAUUGAUAUGUCAGGUUACGUUGCUGAAGAGAAACUAGCCAUUGCCAAGCAGUAUUUAGUCCCCCAGGCACUGAAAGAUUCAGGACUGGAACAUGAUCAGGUCCACAUCAAGGAUGAUUCUUUGCAUAUGCUUAUUAAAUCUUACUGUCGUGAGAGUGGAGUCAGAAAUCUACAGAAGCACAUUGAGAAGGUUGGGUUCUUUCACAAAGUUUUAUUGUGUAUCAGUUCUGUUGAUUUA